CUUGAAUUACAAAUUCAGUGAAACUAUUGACACAUUUGUCGUGAAAUCCGUGGUUUAGUCGCCAGUUAUGACCAAAAUAUGCCGUCUGUUGUCCACUGUUGAAGGCAUUCCUCAUCAGACCGUAAGGACCGGCGAUUGUCUGACGAUCGGUCGUAACCGGAGAUGUCGUAUACGAGACAUCACUUGUUCCCGAAGUCACUGUACCGUCACUUUCGAUGGACAACACGUUUGCGUCAAAGACUGCAAAACACAUGAAACACAAAACCUCUCAAACGGACAGUUAUUAUCGGGAAAUGGAUUUCAGUAUAAAAUUGUUUUCGUCGACCAAACCGGCGAUGAAGACGAGGAUCAAAUGGAUGCCACCAAUGGAUUCCAUAUCACAGAUAAUGAUAAGUCUUCGGCCGAUACUCACGAGUCAAAUGAUUUGGAUCAGACUAUGGAUGUGACCAAGUCUUCGGGAGUGACUGAAUGGAUGUCUUUAUGUGCAAAUCGUGUCCAUAUCUGCAAAUUCCUCGGCGGCGGCCGCAACAGCGCAUCCAUCGCUGCCUUUGAUUUUGACGACACUUUAGUUACGCCUAAAUCUGGCAAUAAGUUUGCCAUCGAUUCAGACGAUUGGAGACUAAUCGACAAACAGUUGCCGAAGAAGAUCGAGAAACUGAUUGAAAGAGGAUAUCGUUUUGUGGUUAUAUCUAAUCAGUUGCCGAUAUCUCAGGGAAGGUAUAAAUUGGAGGAUAUUCAGCACCGGUUUGAGUCGGCGCUCACAGACAUCGGCGUUCCCUGUCUUGUAAUGUUGGCUGCAUUUGAUGAUAUCUAUCGUAAGCCUCGGCCCGGUUUGUGGCAGUUAUUGGCCAAUGAGUUGAACGAUAAGCCCAUCGACUUGACCACCAGUUUCUUUGUGGGCGACGCCGCCGGCCGUAAGAAGCAAUUGAACGGCAGAUCAGAUCACAGUUCAGUGGAUCUACUCUUUGCCGCCAAUUCUGGAAUUCCGUUCCUAACGCCCGAGCGCUUCCUAACCGAUGUAAAGCCAAAGAUAGUCUCGAGUGAUACGAGUUAUUGUGGUUUCGAUAUAUCGGUCUUUCGACCCAAAAAGUGUGACAACAACUUCAUUGCCACUCAAUUUGGUUCAGACAAACAGUACAGAAAUAUCAGCGAUUUGUUGGCCAACUAUUCAUCGAAACUUCACGUAAUAAUAUUCUGCGGUUUACCCGCUUCUGGGAAGUCAUCCUUUUAUACGAAUUAUUUGCAAAAAUUUGGUUACAUUUAUAUAUCGAGAGACGAGUUGAAGACAAUGGAGAGGUGUCACAAGAAAUGCGAAACGUCUCUAAAGAACCGACAGAAUUGUGUUAUCGAUAACAUUAACGUCGAGCCCUCGGCCCGCAAACAAUGGGUGGCGUUGAGUGAGAAGUAUUCAGCCGUUCCCCUCCUCUUCUUCUUUGACGUGUCCGUCGAGCAGUCAUUACAUAAUAAUAAGUUCCGCCGUAUUAUUGGAGUCAAUAGUCCGGUCACUGAUCUUGUGAUUCGCUCGCAAAAUAAAAACCUUACGAAACCGAUGGCCACCGAAAACUUUGAGACCAUUUAUAAAAUCAAUUUUGUCUCCAAAUUCCGCAAACAAGAGCACGAAUUGCUUUACUUUAUGUAUUUGUCUGAGAGAUAAGUUACAUGUUUAAUGCUUUUAAGUUAUAUUGAUUUGAGAACUAUUGGAUUUAUUCAGUGGUAAACUGUGUCCAAUAUUUGCACAUUUGUUCAUAAAUUGUAUU